AUGAAGACAGGAUGAACAUGCAAGGCACAGAAAUCUCAAAAGGCACCAUCAAGAUGUCAGGCUUUCAAUAUGAGUCAUCGCUGACAUUUUAUGAAUAGUCCCCUGAUACACUUCUGGUCCCCUGUUCAGUCUCACACUCAGAGGGUCCCGGGUUACAUCUUGUCUCACAUUCUCAUCCAAGAUGCAGCCACUCUGUGCUUUUACCUUCCUGUGCACUCUCUCUUUCCUCUCUCCUGUGCUGUCUCGACAGUGCACUGACACAGAAUAUGCCUGGCCAAUGGACGGACCCCAUUUAUGCUGUCACAUGUGUCCACCAGGUAAACAUAUGGCUUGGCGUAAACAGGAUAUUUGUUCUACUGAUUGUGUACCUUGCACGGAAGGCCUAUACACUGAAAAGUACAACGUGGACAUGACCUGCGAAGUUUGUGUAAACUGCAAUAAACCAAACAUGGAGUAUAAGAGAAAUUGCAGCACCACUCAUAACGCUGUGUGUGGAUGCAAAGCCGGCUACGCAUGCAGAGACCCGUCCUGCAAAGACUGUGUGCCAAUACCAACCUCCACCAUCAAAACAACACUCCCUCCAUCCACUGCAGCCCUGAAGCCUGGAGCCCUCACCACACUCUGGGAACCUUCUCAGCCAAUCAAAGGUAGAGUGAGUUACUGGUUCUGUCUCUGCCAACUGAAACCAGUGGGGGUUCAUGUAAAUCUUUCAAAAAUGUCUUACUUACAUAUUCUUACAGAUACGGCAUGGUUCCUGGUGAUCAUCGCUCUCCUGUGUAUAGGACUUGCACUUGUAGUUUUGACAAAAAUCAAGCCCUUUCUGCGUUGGAUCAAAUCCAAACAGGGAUACUUUUUGGCUAAAGAAGCUGCACCAGUGCUACAGGGCUCCGAGGACGAAGAAGUUUCCACUCCUGUUCAGGAAGUGCUCGGGAAAUGUGAUCAAUGUGAUGUCUGAGUUUAAGACCCUGAACUUCGAUGAGCAAGAAUUUGACAAGCAGACAUUUAGUGCAAAACAUCUCUUGUUGUUUUCAACGUUUGUGACAAAUGGGAGCAAACGUCACUUGGCCCGUGCUGAUGAAUGGAAACUACAGAAAAUGUUUCAAGACUGAUGCUGUUUUCCGGAAGGAGAUGUGACUUUUUGACAUCUGUGACGUUAAGACGAUAAAACUGUACAAAGAAACACACAGAUAACAAAUCUGAAAGACACUGAGUGAGACUGUGACGGUAAUAUAUGAGUUGCAAAUUGUGCAGUGCGUUGCUAAAUGGUGGUAUGUACUAUGGUACACCAAAGUUAAACAUAUUCCACAUCUUUACAUUUCAG